AUGACUUGGGAGGAAAUUGCAUUCGAGCAGAAUGCCUUGAACCAAAAAAGCUCCGCUCUGCUAUGGGCGGCCGAACGGGGGAUCGAGGCAACAGCUGUUAUCAGUAUCAGCAAUGGAAGUCAUAUUGAGAUUACUGAUAUUCACGGCCGAACACCGCUGUUCUGGGCCGCAUACAAUGGUCACGAGGCUGUGGUGAAAAUUCUACUUGAUACAGAAUCUGUUGAUGCAGAUAUCAAGGACUCUAAGGGCGAGACACCUCUGCUCGCUGCUGCUCAACAUGGUCACGCAGCGGUGGUGAAACUCUUACUUGAGACUCGUCGUGUCGAUGUUAAUUCCAAAGUCGGAUACGAGACACCGCUAUUCCGGGCAGCGUGGGAAGGUCGUGAGGCGGUUGUGAAACUUUUACUCGAAACUGAACUCGUUGAUUUGCAUUCUAAGGACGACCCGAACGGUUGGACGCCGCUGUAUGUUGCUGCCUGGCAUGGCCACGAAUUGGUAGUGAAGCUCUUCCUUGCGACUGGGUGUGUUGAUGCGGAUUCAAAGGACUCUAACUUAUACCUGGGGCGGCCCAGACAAUGGCGAGUGGACGCGCGAAGUGGGUCGGGGGCGGAUCAACCAUGA